CUUGUGCAUAUUUGCAUUUUUUGGUAGGGGCAUACUUGAAAUUUUGAUAUACUGACAUUUUAGGUAUGGUUUUUCGGAACGAUCGAAUUUUAUAUAUGGUGUGUGUUGCAGCAUUUUCAUGCUGCUUGUUUACGAAGCAUGAGGUGCGACUGAAUCAUUACAAUUUUGUUCCGAUCUCUGUUCUCGCGUGAUCAUGGCAGGAGGAUAUUCGACAGCCAUUCUGAAAUCCAGAGGAAAUGGAGGAGGAGGAACGAAAUCGGUUACUCCUUGGUGGUAUUCUCCCGAAACAGGAAUUUACAGCAGCAAGUUUACGUCGAUUGAUCUGCCUUCUGAUCAUUUUAUCGAUGUUGUUUCGUUUAUUUUCUCUCAUAAGCACAAUGGUGGUACUGCACUAGUUGAUUCUUCUACUGGUCUGUCAGUUUCUUACUCGAAGCUCUCCCUGUUGGUGAAAUCCAUGGCGGUAGGGCUCCAACGCAUGGGUGUGAAGCAAGGCGACGUCGUUUUGCUGUUGUUGCCGAAUUCAAUUUGCUUUCCUAUCAUAUUUUUGGGCGUUUUGAGCAUUGGUGCAAUUGCAACAACUAUGAAUCCUUUGAGUGGUGUGUCGGAGAUCGAAAGGCAGGUUUUGGACACAAAUGCGAGUUUAGUGUUUUCUGUUGUUGAUAGAAUUGAGCUUUUGGUUAGCACAUUAGAAGGAUGCUCUGUAAUUGGGGUUCCUGACGUUAUUGAUUUUGAUUCCUUGCCUAGUGAUGAAUCUGCUUUUCAUAAGCUAUUUUCGAUUUAUUCCAUUGAUUCGAGUCCGGCUCCAUGGCCGAAAAUUAGGCAGCAAGAUGCUGCUGCAAUUCUUUAUUCAUCAGGGACUACAGGAAGGGCCAAAGGAGUUGUGCUAACACAUGGGAACUUCAUAGCUAUGAUUGAGCUUUUUGUGAGAUUCGAAGCUUCGUUGUAUGAUUUUCCGAGCACAAUGAAUGUCUAUUUGGCUGUUGUCCCGAUGUUCCAUGUUUAUGGGCUUUCGCUCUUUGUCAUGGGAUUGUUUUCAUUGGGUAGUACCAUUGUUACGAUGAAAAGGUUCAAUGGGGAUGAGAUGAUUAAAGCUAUUGAUCGAUAUGGUGUUACGCAUCUUCACUGCGUGCCUCCUAUUGUGACGGAGUUGACGAACAAAGCGAAGAAGCUUGGCUGCAAUGGCCUUAGGAGUCUGAAACAGGUUUCUUCUGGAGCUGCGUUAGUAAGUGAAAGACGAAUAAACGAAUUCCUUGAGACACUCCCUCCUGUAGAUUUCAUUCAGGGCUAUGGCAUGACAGAAUCGACUGCGAUAGGAGCUCGAGGUUACAAUUCCACGAAUAGUUGUAAAUAUUCGUCAUCGGGGCUAUUAUCACCAAAUGUACGUGCUAAAGUUGUGGAUUGGAUCAGUGGCUCUUGUUUGCCUCCGGGAUCUAAUGGUGAGCUUUGGUUGCAAUCACCAGGGAACAUGAAAGGGUACUUGAAUAAUAGAGAGGCUACCGAGGCUGCAAUCGACAAAGAUGGUUGGCUGCAUACUGGCGACAUCGUAUAUUUCGAUCAAGAAGGAUACUUACAAAUAGUCGAUCGAUUAAAGGAGAUGAUCAAAUACAAGGGCUUCCAGAUUGCUCCUGCUGAUUUAGAGGCUGCAUUGAUGUCCCAUCCCGAUGUUCUCGAUGUUGCAGUAGCCGGACAAAGGGAUGAAGAUGCAGGGGAGAUCCCUGUGGCCUUUGUUGUUCUGAAACAGGGGAGCUCAGUUUCUGAAUCAGAUCUUAUGAACUACGUAGCUAAGCAGGUUGCACCUUACAAGAAGGUGAGAAAGAUGUACUUUUGUGGGUCGAUACCAAGAUCAGCAUCUGGAAAAAUCCUCAGAAAGGAAUUAAGGAGCUUGUUAACUUCCAAGCUUUAGGAUUCUCAUUCCUUAACUACUGCAAAAAUUAAAUUAAUGAGUAAUAAAGAAAAGCUAUGUUGAAGCCUGGAAGACAGAAUUUCCAUAGCUCUUCAUGCUUUUUAAUUUCUUGUGUU